AGCUCCUCCCACGUGACCCGCCCCCAGUCAUAUGACGACAGGCCGCGGCUUGGGGCGAAGGUGAGUGGGGGCGGGCGCAAGGGGGCCCGGCGCGCCGGGACAGGAGACAAUGAAACUUAUCAUUCUUGAGAACUAUGCGCAAGCCAGUGAGUGGGCUGCAAAAUACAUUAGGAAUCGAAUUAUCCAGUUUAACCCUGGCCUGGACAAAUACUUCACUCUUGGACUUCCCACAGGAAGCACUCCUUUAGGAUGUUACAAAAAGCUGAUUGAGUAUUACAAGAAUGGAGACUUGUCCUUCAAAUUUGUGAAAACCUUUAAUAUGGAUGAAUAUGUAGGUCUCCCAAGGGAUCACCUGGAAAGUUAUCACUCCUUCAUGUGGAAUAACUUUUUCAAGCACAUUGACAUCUCUCCAGAAAACACCCAUAUUCUGGACGGAAAUGCAGCUGACCUACAGGCGGAGUGUGAUGCUUUUGAGGGGAAAAUCAAAGCAGCUGGUGGAAUCGAACUCUUUGUUGGAGGCAUUGGUCCAGAUGGUCAUAUUGCCUUCAACGAGCCCGGCUCAAGUCUAGUGUCCAGAACUAGAGUGAAGACGUUGGCUAUGGACACCAUAUUGGCUAAUGCUAGAUUCUUUGAUGGCGACCUCUCCAAAGUCCCCACAAUGGCUCUCACAGUUGGAGUAGGCACAGUCAUGGAUGCUAGAGAGGUUAUGAUUCUAAUCACAGGAGCCCAUAAAGCAUUUGCUUUGUACAAAGCCAUUGAGGAAGGGGUAAACCACAUGUGGACAGUGUCUGCCUUUCAGCAGCAUCCCAGCACUGUCUUUGUGUGUGAUGAAGAUGCCACCCUAGAACUCAAAGUUAAAACAGUGAAAUACUUUAAAGGUUUAAUGCUUGUUCAUAACAAGCUUGUGGAACCCUUAUAUAGCAUGAAGGAAACAGGAGCAGAAAGAAGACAGUCUAAGAAGCCAUACAGUGACUAGUUUCUUGGGGGCUGGUGUGAUGCUAAGCAGGCUCUUCUCUUGGAAACCAGCAGAGGAAGAAUCCCUACACAUUCUUCUUGUAUUUGUUCAUAAAUAAGGAGAGAGGUGCUCAUUUAUUGUCUCCAUCUUUUAAGAGAUGAAUGCUGAGUAAUAAACUAGGUGAGGAUGG